GAGUGACGCGUCACGGCCCAGUUGACUUCGGCCCAUGACCCAAUGAGUAGCCGCCUCCGCUUCCUCUUCUCCCUCGCCGCCGCCAUCGCCGCAGCCUCCCUCCUCGCCGCCGCCCUCCGCCGCCGCGCGCCGCCCUCCGGCCUCGCCGCCCGCCUCGUCCCCGCGCCCAUGGCGGCGGCGGCGGCCCGCAACCGGAGCUUCGUGCUGUGGCUGCACGGACUCGGCGACUCCGGCCCGGCCAACGAGCCCAUCCGCAACUUCUUCUCCGCGCCGGAGUUCCGCCUCACCAAGUGGGCGUUCCCCUCCGCCCCGAACUCCCCCGUCUCCUGCAACCAUGGCGCUGUGAUGCCUUCAUGGUUCGACAUCCACGAGCUACCCAUGAGCUCUGGUUCUCCACAAGAUGACAGUGGGGUUCUUAAGGCUGUUGAAAAUGUGCACGCCAUGAUUGAUAAGGAGGUAGCUGAUGGCAUCCCUCCAGAGAACAUAUUUGUUUGUGGAUUCAGUCAAGGAGGUGCUCUCACAUUAGCAAGUGUUUUGCUUUAUCCCAAGACUCUAGGUGGUGGCGCAGUGUUCAGUGGGUGGCUGCCUUUUGGUUCGUCAGUUACUGAGAGGAUUUCACCUGAAGCAAGGAAGACUCCAAUUCUGUGGUCACAUGGAAUAGCUGACAAUGUAGUAUUGUUUGAAGCUGGUCAAGCUGGUCCACCUUUUUUGCAAAAUGCUGGUUUCAGUUGUGAAUUUAAGGCAUAUCCAGGUCUUGGUCACUCGAUUUCCAAGGAAGAGCUAUAUUCUCUUGAGUCUUGGAUCAAGAAUCAUCUAAAGGCCUCUCAGGAGAAGGAAAAUUAACAUUGCUUUGGCCUGCCGUCACUCUGUGGUACAUAAAAUUUGGUGAGAAUAUGUUGACCUUUACGGACACUCAUUUGGAAGUUUUUAUUUGGGAUUGAUCAAUGUGUCAACAGAUAUUUGACUCGUAACGGCCAUAGCCGCACAUGUACAAUCGCUGGAGUUUGUAUGUUCCUGGCAUGACCAACUGCACCUUAGAAUUUACUAUAUAGUGACAAAGUAUUGAAUAAAUACCCCGUGUUCCAGUUAACUGUCCAAGUGUCCAACAUUCCGGUCCCUUUUGCUUUUCCUAUAGUUCAAUUCUAAACUCUCAAAUUGAA